AUGACUUCCAUCGGGACUGGGUAUGAUCUCUCCAACUCAGUAUUUUCCCCGGACGGUCGCAACUUCCAGGUAGAAUAUGCCGUCAAGGCAGUCGAAAAUGGAGGAACGGCAAUUGGCAUUAGAUGCAAAGAUGGUGUGGUGCUGGCGGUGGAAAAGAUCAUUACUAGCAAACUUCUGAAGCCUGGCGCCAAUAAGAGAAUAGCCACUGUUGAUCGUCAUGUUGGCAUUGCUUCAGCCGGACUGGUGCCAGACGGGCGGCAUUUUGUUUCCCGGGCUCGCGACGAGGCUUCAUCGUGGAGAGGUGUCUACAAGGGGCCAAUCCCGAUCUCCGCGCUGUCUAAUCGCCUUGGAAGCUAUGUACAAGCCUACACGCUCUAUUCCAGUGUACGGCCUUUUGGGGUGACUGCUAUUGUCGGAGGCUGGGACUCCGAAGCUGAACUUGCCGUCGACGGCCAGGUCGGAAGUGGACCCAAGUCGGGCUCUGGUGGUAAGGUCGAGGGGGCCAAAACUGGAGGCCCGGGUCUAUAUAUGAUUGAGCCAAGUGGCCUGUAUUGGGGCUAUUAUGGCGCUGCCACCGGGAAAGGACGACAGGCGGCUAAGGCUGAGCUUGAGAAACUUGACCUGAGCUCCGGCACACUUAGUCUCGUUGAUGGUGUGAAAGAGGCGGCUCGGAUUAUCUAUGUUGCCCAUGAAGACAGUAAGGACAAGGAAUUUGAGCUAGAAAUGACCUGGAUUAGUUCAUUAGACGGUCCAACAAAAGGAAGACAUGAGGAGGUGCCCAAAGAUCUCCUUGAGGAGGCAGAACGGGCGGCAAAACGGGCACUGGAGGGAGAGGACGAGGAAGAGGAUGCAACAAAGGGCAAUUCGAAUGAGACUGAACGGAUGGAAGAGUGA